AUACUAAUGAUUGGUUUUAAUUUCAGAUCUUUGAAAUAGUCUUUGCAAUUGUAUUUAAAUUAACAUCAUGAACCCCAUUGCUGGAUCGAAUCAGCAAUUUUCCCACAGUAUAGGCUCACCAGCAGUAUCCUUACCAGCGGGACCGACUGGGGAUAGAAGAGGUGGUGCGAGUAGUGCCUCAAUGUCUGCGGCCACCCUGGGUUCUGGUUUGGCAGUGGGGGCUGGCUCGAAUGUCGCGAGCAUGGGAGUAAUGCAAGGAGAGGCAGUGAGUCAUGAGUAUGUGUUCAAGUGGAUUGAGGACUUGGGAUGCUCGGAGACUCGCGAAAAUAGUUUACUAGAACUAAGCAAGAAGCGUGAAUCAGUUCCCGACUUGGCUCCAAUGCUGUGGAACUCGUUUGGAACUGUAGCCGCUCUUCUACAGGAAAUAACCAACAUAUAUCCUCUUAUAUUCCCUCCAGUCAUGACAGCUCAUCAAAGCAAUAGAGUGUGCAAUGCAUUAGCCCUGCUGCAGUGUGUGGCCUCGCACCCAGAAACUAGAACUCCAUUUUUACAUGCUCAGAUCCCUCUGUAUCUGUACCCGUUUCUACACACCUCUAGCAAGACUAGACCAUUCGAGUACCUGCGUUUGACUAGCCUGGGAGUGAUAGGGGCUCUAGUGAAGACAGACGAAGUGGAUGUGAUCAACUUCCUACUCACCACUGAGAUCAUCCCCCUCUGUCUGCGCAUCAUGGAGAACGGAUCAGAAUUAUCCAAGACUGCAACUACCUUUAUCUUGCAGAAGAUCCUUCUGGAUGAAACUGGAUUGAAUUACAUCUGCCAGACGUAUGAUCGCUUUUCCCACGUUGCUCUCAUACUUGGUAAAAUGGUCAUGGCUCUUGCGAAAGAACCUUCACAGCGGCUUUUGAAACACGUGAUCAGAUGCUACCUCCGACUUAGUGACAAUCCCAGAGCCAGAGAGGCUUUGAGAUCUUGUCUGCCAGAGCAACUGAAAGAUCAGUCAUUUUUCCAGGCAUGUCUGAAAGACGAACCCAACACGAAACGCUGGCAGGCUCAACUCAUUCGCAAUGUUGAGACACCUAAUAACGUGCAACCGUCUGGAGACUCUUUGCAUGGAAAUAACUAAUGACUCACUUAAAAACUCUUAGAUGAUGCAACUAUUUAUGCGAGAAUUUCGAUGUUUUAAUUCAAA